AUGGCUCCAAUAGGAGGCAUCUUGGCUCCUAUAGCCGUCAGGAGCUUCAAGGUUGCUUUCAAGAAAGCCUCAACCCUUCUCAAAGCGCGCCUCCCAGAGGUAGCGAGACAACUCCAACGUGGAAUUCAACGUGAAGUCCAACCAAUACUCGUACGAACAUCCCCACGUCAACCUAUUCAUCGGAUAGCCGCUCUCCGCCAAAGCAAGGGAAAAUGGUACACCACCCACAGCACUAUCAACGCCGGCAUCCGUCGGUUCAUGGCGACAGGAGCACAGCAUGGUCAAAAGUUUAAUCGAGCUUCAUUCCCAUCCUCUGCCACUUCUAGAGCUGUUGGUCAACUUACCGCUCGAGCUCCCUUUGCCUCGACCCUACGUCCGAAUCUCACUGGUGGUUCCCUCCCGCGAACCGCAGGAGGUUAUGGCCUGAGUGGAGGACGUGCCAGCGCUCGUCAUUUCUCUCACACGCCUGCUGCUCCGGCGCAGGUUGUCAAUAAUGUAUCACAAGCAGUGCGAGCUUUUUUCCUGACCGGCCAGAAAGCCCAAUUUGACGGGAUGACGCCCGCAGGAGAGAAGAGAUACCGCGCGGUCACUGAUUUUCAAGAAGAAACCACACGCAAGAUGCGGUCAUUUUCAAAGAACGCACCUGGCUCUUAUAUCGACUUUCACGUCAACCCAACUGUUACUGCCCUCACCCCUCUCGGUGCCGCUUUCCCCUUCGGCUCAGCUCUGGAAACCUCAGUACCUAGCCUCAACACCGAGGGCUUCUUGGACGUUCUUUCGGUCGACUUCUCGCGUGCUCUGAAGGACCUCGCCGCUACAAUGAACGACUUGAAACGUCUCGCUUCACUGGGCGAUCUUCCCAUAACCCUAGAACAAAAAUCCAUUCUCAGAGUCAGGUUUCCGGGUUGUCAUGCCGAGAGCGUAGAAGCACUCUGUAAUGAGAUCGGGGUUCAACGAGGAAUCAUAUAUCAAGAUGAAACAUUUAGCCAGAGCUGUGGAGGUGAAGUUGCCUUGAUGUUUCCGUUUGCACCUACGUCGGAGCAUACCCUAUCUUCACCAGGAGGCUCUUUGCGGUCACAAACAGGGCAUGAUUUUGAAGAGUUCAUGGAAGAUAUUGAUAAUUCAUGGCUGGAGGGAUACGAAAGCAUGGAGGAUUCAUCCGAGCAUGAAUCGGCGUACUUCACUAAGCCAAGUAAGCAGCAGAACUCGUCCAGCUAUGAGGGCCUGGAGGGCAUUUAUCGAUUUAUCGAAGAGUGUGAUAAUGCACGGAGAAUAUGA